UCAUGGCUGCGUUCGCGUCAACAGUUCGCCGCAGCGUUUACAAUACGGGAGCGAUGGAUCAAUAGUCCGCUUGUUGCAUUCGUUUUGUAAAGUAGUAUUAAUUUGUUCGAUAAUUGUACUUAACUUUAAGAAUGCCGUCUCGCGGAGAGGAUAUCCUCAAAGGUUUCCAAGUUAAUUGGAUGAAUCUACGUGAUGCUGAUAACGGGAAAAUUCUGUGGCAGGGCAACGAGGACUUAUCUGUACCUGAUGUGGAACAUGAAGCGCGUGUACCAAAGAAGAUUCUCCGAUGCCGGGCAGUAUCAAGGGAGAUUAAUUUCAGUUCUGCAGAGCCGAUGGAGAGGUUUCGCCUAGAGCAGAAGGUGUUAUUUAAAGGCCGUUGCCUGGAGGAAUGGUUCUUCGAAUUUGGCUUUGUCAUUCCUAACAGUACCAAUACGUGGCAGAGCUUGAUUCAGGCUGCGCCUGAAAGUCAAAUGAUGCCGGCAAAUGUAUUGAACGGCAACGUCGUGAUAGAAACAAAAUUCUUCGACGACGAUCUCUUAGUGUCUACCAGUCGAGUCCGUCUCUUCUACGUCUAAGGUGAUUUCCCAACGGUCCUCAUAAUCGUACGCGGGUCCAAUCAGUAUGAACCGAUCCUAUAAAUAAAACUAGGAUAACACGCAGUGAUAAGUUAAAAAAAAAAGGAUCAGUUCUUACUCCUCUGAUCUCUUACGUACAUUUUUCAUGCACGUGUUAACAGUUUCUGACAAUAUCAAUAAGUUUUGUAGUAAUUUACACACCGAGGUUCGAGCGCGUUUAUCACCGUACUGCAUUUCAAUCUAGAUAAGGCCUAAUAUCUAAUGUAUCUAGAUUAGCAUUCGAAUAACUUUCUCCAAUGGUCGAGUGAUUUAAACUGAUUUAAAAUGAUUAAACGUCAAGCUCAAAUCUUAAAUUGUUUGGAUCGAGUUUGAAGGUAUAUUCGAAUAUAAUUUAAAUUUACGUAAGAUAGUCUAACAAAACUAAACGAUGAAAAUAAAAAAAACUAGUUCAAUUAUUGAUCUCGUUCGAAUUGUUUGGGUCUGAAACUUCCAAAUAUCGAAACUCGGCUUUUAGCUUGAAAUAUUCGAACAAUUCGAUCGCAUGAAAAUUCGUCCGAGUCUUUUAUUCGAAUACUAAUCUAAACUGUGUUCUCCACUUGUGGAAAUGUGAGACAUACUAUAAAGAUACGCACCGUUAAAGCACGUAAAUUAUUUAUUAUUUGUUAAAUAUAAAUAAGUGUAAUAAAUUUUGUACAUAUUACUACACCGAGCAAUAAAGUUCCAGAAAAGGUUGAACUU